AUGGUAUAUUUUCUAAGGAUGAAGAUUAUGUACUCUAAGAAGGGUAUCAUUUUGCAUCACCUGAAGUAUGAACUUGAACUUCUAAAGAUAUUUGAGCUGAUAAAUUAUAAGAUUGCAAUCACACCUGCUGAAACGAAUCACAAGUUAGAUUUUGAUGUUGAGGGUGAGGAUGUAGAUUCUAUAACUUUUAAACAGUUGGUUGGCUCAUUGAGAUCUUUAUGUAACACCAGACCUAACAUUUGUUAUGCAGUUGGAAUGAUCCUGAUUGGUGUGGAGACAGAGUUGACAGAAGAAGUACUUAUGGAUAUUUUUUCAAGUGCUUUGUCUGCGCGUCAAUCUAUUUGGCUUAUGAAUUUGUGGCAGGAUCUAAAGAUUAUAGUGAGCAAGCCUGUGAAGCUGACGAUUGACAACAAAUCAGCCAUAAGCCUUGCCAAAAAUCUAGUACUACAUGGAAGAAGCAAGCAUAUUGACACGAAGUUUCAUUUUCUAAGGAAUCAUGUCCAGAAUGGAGUGCUAGAAGUUGUGCAUUGUAGCACUCUGAAGUAA